AAUCAAAACAAUAUUUUGACCGGUCAGACCAGUUUAUUUUAGAUUGAAAUGAUAUAAGAUAGUGUUGCGGUUUUACAAAACUAUGCUAUCAUAGCUGAUGUCUCACAAGUCACACGCCAUCAGCUAAAUUUAGAACGUUCAGUUUGGAGUCAUUAAAGGUUCGGACGAUCCUUGGAAUGUUCCGUAUUUCUGAAGUAAUAGAAAUAAUUGACCGAACUUGACGUCAAUGGUCAUUAUGACGUCAAUGAUGAUGACUCAUUUUGAGGGGGAAACCCCCCAAAAUAUAACCUCGACCCAGACUUCCUCUGCUUUCAGUAAAAUACGUCUGUCAAUGAGCUCGUUCACUAAAUUAUUAUAUCGACUUGAACUGGGUUCAAAUUACCACAGAUCUCCUUUUUCCAGUGAAAGAAAACGUUAAAUUUAGCAUCCAUAAGGGCUAGAAUGGCAGAUUUGCCACAUAUGGUAUGAAGGGCACCUUUGAAGUAAGCGAGAAUUUGAAAAAUCUAAGUAUAACACUUCUGGUAUUUGUGCUACUGUGGAUGCAGCCUCUGAUAGAGUGUCGACCCACAAAAUGUCCCUUAGCGAAUAACAUUGCUAAGUAUGGUCCCAAUGGUGAAAUAGUGAGUUGUGUUCGUUGUCCAAACUGCCCCAUUGGACAGGGAUUGUCAUAUGCUUGUGGAUCCAAGGUGCCAAAUGAUUCAAAAAUUGAAUGUGUAUUUUGUGAACCAAACAAAACUUACUCUGAUGAGCAUGGAAUAGGCCACUGCAAACAGUGUCAAGACUGUGGUUUGAGGAAUGUGAUUCAGGAGUGCUCAAUUUACCAGAAACGUGAGUGUGGGAAUAUAUGUCCCAAAGGGUAUGUUUUUCAUGAUAACAUUGAGGACUGCUUGGAACUGGAAUCUGAGCCAUCCACUAGUUCGUCAACACACUCCGCCAAGGAUCCUAGUCGCAGAGAAACAACUGGAACACAAUUAAAAACAGAAUUAGCCGAUGAAGUUACCACCACUGCUUCAACUCAUUCUGACAGGAUCACAGUAAGCAGCAGUCAGUCACAAUUUCCAUCAACAGGUGUCAAUAAUACACCUACACAAGGUACUUCACUAAAAGAAAAUGACGACACUGCAAAUGUGUUGUCAACAAAGGACCAUACAGUGGCUAUCUGUGUUUUAGUUGCAGUGGUUGUUCUUGUUGUCCUAGUGCUUGUGAUUAUAGUGAAUAUCUGCAAGACAAGGCGUGGUCACACUCAAAAAGGACAUGAAGAGUCAACAGAAAGUGCAGAGGAAUGCAUUCCACUGAAGAAUAUGAGUGGAAGUGGGGAAUCAUCAAGAGCUUCAGUUAGUAGCUCUACAACACAAGUGGAUUUAGCUGAUGUCACUUCUCAAGACAAGACCAAAGAACUUUUAAGAGAGGCAUCCUUGGACAUUUCAACAGAUAACAACAUCCACUAUUCAAAUAAAGAGAUGUCUUCUCAUCCCGGUGAUGCUUAAGCAGAGGACGGAGUUAAUCUAGAAAAUAUUCCCCCUGAUGUUCUUGUCUCUCAUAUGGAAGUUAUGUGAAGAGAAAGAUGGUAACAUGUUAAAUUGUGUAAAAAAAAAAACUUGAUGCAUCAGAGAGCCUCUUUUUGAAGACAUGGCCCAGUGUUGGAAGAGAGCUGAAACUUGAUGCUGAUACUUUAAACUUAAUAGGAGCUGACAUCACAAAAAGUCCCACAGAAUGUCUACUUGCGAAAUUGAAAACUUUGCCAAAAGAACCCACAAUGAGGGAAUUUGUGCAGGCCCUAAAAAAAUGUGAAAGAUAUGACUUAGCAAAAUACAUCUGUAAUUGGCCUUGGAAGGUUGAGAACAUCUGAGAGAUUGGAUGAAGACAGGGGCACAUUAAGCUUCAAGGGGGCAGUGAGAAAAAUGCUAGUCUAUUUUGGAACAAAAAACAUCUUGGACAAAAUAGACUCAGACAGGGAUGAACAAGUUCAGUGAUUAAAUAUUAUCAGCCACUUAAUUACUGUAAAAAGCAGCUACAAGCUAUUUAUCUCAGGGUACAGAGAUGAAGUUCUCUACUGUAUAUAUAGCUGUUGGUGGCUUGGGGCUAAGCACACUAGCUAUAGUUAGCCACCACAAUUGUGGUAAACUUGUUGCAUACCUUCACCAAGCCUUUUUUGAUUUGUAAAUAUAUUUCUAUUUAAUUUCCAUGCUUAUAUAUGUAGUUGUUAGAUUUUUCAGUGUUUUUUAAUACAUUUUGUGAUAUUGUUAAGCCCCUAGAGCAAUUAGUGAUAUAGACGCUAUUUAAAUAAAGUUUAUUAUU